GCGAGGCCGGUAGUCGGCGCUGGCCUGCCCGCUCGCCCCCUUUCGGAGCCUGCUCGUCUACCCGCGGCCGGGGAUGGAGGUGGCGGGAGGCCGCGGCCCGCCAUGAAGCCACGGCCGCGCUGUGAGAGGAAGCAUCAUGCCAAAACCCAGGCAUUUGGAGUGACCCACAAUCCACCUGCCACCAUGCAAGCCCACUCUAACAAUCGCCACAGUGCCCCAGGAAAUAACGAUGCCCCCCAGUGUGCUCACGCAGGAAGGCCGCCAGGAGAAGGAUCGUGCCAGCGCGGAGGGGAUGUUCACAUCCAGCUAAACCCUGCUACGAUGGAGGCUGGAGAAAACGCUGGCUCUAGGCAGCACCCGCACUCAGGGAUCCAUAGUCACUCUCACUCUCAUAGCGAAGCAAGGGGGCCGGAAGAGGGCGGCGGGGAUUCGGAGGAACACAGCGGCAGCUCUCUCUCGGAGCUCAGAUAUCUCCUCCAGUGGCUACACAAGAGCCUCCCAUACAUCUUGAUCUUGUCCGUCAAACUUCUCCUGCAGCACGUCAUUGGCAUUUCUCUGGGAAUUGGGCUGCUAACAACUUUUAUGUAUGCAAACAAAAGCAUUGUAAAUCAGGUUUUCCUAAGAGAAAAGUGUUCCAGACUGCACUGCGCUGGGUUACUCUUGUUCCUAACAGGAUCUUCUGUCCUUCUGUAUUAUACCUUCUACAAUCAAUCCCUUCACUACAGCUUGAUUUUUUUGAGUCCAACUGUGGAUUUCACGAAUUUCUGGGAGGUACUUUGGAUCGUGGGAAUCACAGACUUUGUCCUGAAGUUCCUCUUCAUGAGUUUCAAAUGCAUCGUUCUCUUGUUGCCUUGUUUAAUAAUGUCAUUUAAGGCCAAGGGUUACUGGUAUAUGCUGUUGGAAGAAAUCUGCCAGUAUUACCGUAAAAUCGUCCCUAUACCCAUCUGGUUCCGCUAUCUUGUUGGCUUGAGGGAGCAAGAAAGUGCGCUCGGAUGGAGUCUUGGCAUCUUGCUGGCUCUGCUGUAUCUGAUCCUAAAGCUUUUGAGCUUUUUUGCACACCUGAAGCACUUCCGAUGGGUUCUGAGAGUGUUUUAUUCCCAGCCGAGCUACGGCGUGGCCGCCAGCAAGAGGCAGUGCGCCGACGCAGACGACAUCUGCUCUAUCUGCCAAGCUGAGUUCCAGAAGCCUGUUGUUCUCAUCUGCCAGCACAUAUUCUGCGAAGAAUGCAUAGCUCUGUGGUUCAAUAGAGAGAAAAGCUGCCCCCUGUGUAGAACAGUCAUCUCGGAUCACAUUAACAAGUGGAAAGAUGGGGCGUCUUCUGUGCAAUUACAGAUCUAUUAAAAACUCGCACCUUCUUGCUUCACAGUGUAACUUUACUUGAAUACUGGGGCUUUCAGCUUAAAGCAGGGUGCUGUGCCUCUCUGACACUUUUUGGGGCUUCUGCUACUGGAUUUGUAAAGUCAAAUCUUCGACAAUGCAUGUACCACAUACAGCAACCUGACUGGAAUCAGCAUUUUACACACAAGGGCUGGCUGGCUUCCAAAGCGACAGGAUACCCCAAACAUUGCCUCAGGUGUAUUAAGAACCGUGUUCGUGGCCAUUCGAAUGGGAGCCGGCAGUACCUCACAGGCGCUUUCCUAUUCCCACUUCCUGUCCCAUGUCUACUCAUACUGCCAAGUUACUUCAAUGAUGUCAACAUGGGUAUUUGUUCCCUGAAGUCUAUUUUUUUAAAAAACUAUUUGAUGCUAUAUUUUGACAAGGCGCAAAAAUAAAAAGAGGAAAUAUAUCUAAUUGUGGUACUUUCUUUAAAAAGCUGUACUAGACCGGAAGGCUGGCAAGAAUAAAUGUAGUUUUAA